AUGAGUCCUCACGCCGAAAUGUCGUCGAGCACGUCCGAAGGGCCAGCCCCAGCCGUUCAACGAGCUUUCAACGGUUUCCUGACCGAGAACCUCAAUGAAAGCCAUCUCCCCACGAUUGAAAACCGUUCACACCUCCGAUACACUGCAGAAGAUGAACUGCACGACCUUAUAUGUGUCGGUUUUGGUCCAGCGUCACUAGCCAUUGGUGUGGCUCUACAUGAUGCUCUGGAUGGGACUGAUCCUUCCUUGGUGGAUGUUGCGGGCCUACAAAGCAGACCACCAAAAGUCGCGUUUCUCGAGAAGCAGUCGCAAUUCGCGUGGCACGCUGGCAUGCUUCUACCGGGUGCGAAGAUGCAAAUCACAUUCAUGAAGGACAUGGCCACUAUGCGAAACCCGAGAAGUGAAUUCACCUUCAUCAACUAUCUGCACCAGAAGGACCGCUUAGUCGAGUUCGCAAACCUGAACACCUUCCUACCAGCUCGUGUGGAGUACGAGGACUACAUGAAGUGGUGCGCUAGCUGGUUCGAAGAGGUGGUAGCAUACAGCCAAGAAGUCAUCAAGGUCAUGCCUGAGAAGUCGCCAAAUGGCGAGAUAACCACAUUCACAGUCGUCUCGCGCAACACCCUGACAGGACGCAUCGAGUCGCGGAGAACCAAGCAUGUCGUCAUCGCUGCGGGUGGAAGACCCAACAUUCCUGCGCCAUUCCCGACAAACCAUCCCAAGGUUGUCCACUCGUCAAAGUUUUCAUACAUCUCGAAGGAGAUCUUGAAGGAUCACAGCGCACCUUACAGUGUGGCAGUAGUCGGGAACGGCCAGAGUGCCGCUGAGAUCUUUGACUUCCUACACGCAAACUACCCCAACUCGCGAACACGGAUGCUGAUCAAGGGCGGAGCCCUGCGACCAAGCGACGACUCACCAUUUGUCAACGAAAUCUUCAACCCGUCGCGAACAGACUGCACAUACGCGCGCGCCCCUAAGCUUCGCGCAACUACGCUGCUCGAAGACAAGGGCACGAACUACGGCGUCGUCCGCCUUCCGCUUCUCGAACACAUCUACGAGACGCUUUACCUACAGCGCAUCCGUCAUGGUAACUCGCCCGCUGAGGAAGAGAACUGGCCGCACAGGAUCAUGCCAUACCGUCGCGUCAUCGAUGUGACCGACUCCCCAGUUCGGCCGGGUGGUGUACGCCUUCAGGUACAAGACACCAGUCCAUUAUACUUCUCGGAGUGUGCGGGUACCCAAGAAAGGCAGGAGACAUUGGAUGUCGAUGCCGUCUUUGUUGCGACUGGAUACCACAGGGACCUACACGAGACGCUGCUCAAGGACGCAAGACACCUAAUGCCCGGUGGAGAGCUAGAGGGCGCCAAGUGGCAGGUGCAGAGGGACUACAAGAUCAACUUCACCGAGAAGAGUGUUGGUGACGAUGCCGGUGUUUGGCUGCAGGGCUGCUGUGAGACUACGCACGGUUUGAGCGAUACCCUUCUUUCGGUGCUUGCGACGCGUGGAGGUGAGAUGGUGAGGAGCAUCUUUGAGAGGCCUGCCACGUGGGACAACGGCGACGUGUUGGGCGGGUAUGAGAUGCGCGAGUAA